CUCACCUAAACCCCGGUAGGAUACUAACACACGGGACGAGCGAAAGAUAAUAAGAUGUUGCACUAUGACGAUGUGCUUGAGGACUUUGUGGGCGAGUUUGGUACCUACCAAAUCAUAUGUUACAUUGUGCUCGGAAUGACAGCCAUCCCGACAGGACUGAUCAUAAUUCUGCCCGUAUUUAUGUAUGCGUGGACAAACUCCUGGUGCAAGGUGCCUCACAUGGCCGACAUCAGUCAGCAGUUCUGUAUAGACAACUUUACCAGCAACUGCGAAGAGUUAGUCAUGAACCUGACUAUACCCCGUGAGCGAAUUGACGGGGAAUGUGGCGUGACGUGGGCUUUCAGUCAGUGCUUUCGUUACAACGUGACGCCAUCUGAUUGGCUGACGUAUGCAGUGGAAGAACCGGAUAUAAAUUCUCUCAUUAACAACACUGCUAUAGUUCCAUGCGACAACGGAUGGGACUAUGACACGUCUGAGUACAGGUCUACUGUAUCCCAGCAGUUCGACUUGGUUUGUGAUCGGUAUUAUCUUAAUGCGUUGGCGUCAUCGAUUUUCAUGAGUGGACAGCUGAUUGGCUGUCUUGUAGAUGGAUACAUCAUUGACAAACUUGGGCGAAUGAAGGGUCUUAUUAUUACAAUAUCUGGAUCGUUAGUGUUUGGUAUUGCACAAGCUUUUGCACCAAAUUAUAUCAUCUUCAGUGUGCUGUCCUUCGUUUUGUCGGCAUGCAUAUAUGGAGUAUAUCUUUCCGGAUUUGUCCUAGCGUGUGAAUACGUUGGUCCAUCGAAGCGCACAACAACUGGUAUGAUAUAUCCAAUGUUUUAUAGUAUCGGCUACAUGUUGCUAGCGUUACUAGCAUACUUCGUUCGUGAAUGGUGGAUUCUACAACUAAUAAUCGUGUGUCCCUGUAUUCUAUUCCUGAGCUAUUAUUGGUUUAUACCAGAGUCGCCGAGAUGGCUGAUAUCCAUGGGGCGUACGCAAGAAGCUGAGCGGAUAAUAAAGCAAUGUGCUAAAGUCAACGGAAGAUCUCUACCCGUAGACUUGUUCAAUGAUUCGUGGAUAAAAGAUUCAAAAGAGGAUAUAUCAGAUCAGCACAAACAUGGCAUAUUGGAUCUAUUUCGUUACUCCAACAUGAGGAAGACUACGCUGAUACUGAUUUAUUGUUGGGUAACUCUGAACCUGGCAUAUUAUGGGAUAUCAUACGACACAUCUAAUCUCGGAGGCAAUCCUUAUCUCAACUUGUUUAUUGCUGGCGCUGUGGAAAUACCUGCAUACGGCCUCGGUAUUUUUGCGAUGGAGAGCUCCGUCCUUGGGAGACGUGGAUCUAUAAUGAUUACCUUUCUGUUUGGCGGUGUGUCGUGCAUUUGCCUAGCAUGGCUGCCACCUUGUAAGUUUACAAUACAUAUGGGGAAUGGCGUUAAAACAAUGCCGGUGAUUUGUUUAGCUUUUAUUUAA